CCGGGUCACGCGCAUUCUACGAAAGGUUGCGGUACGUACAAUAUAAUUCCAUUGCUGAACAAUGUCGAAGAGGCGGCAAAGCAGGGUUAGUGCAAUCAAACCAGGAAGCCCUGACUUCCAAAUUUGACUGAACUUUCGGUGAUCCAUAAGUAGGAGCUGCAGUUUGAAGUAGCAUCCUCUAUCAACAUGGCUGAAGAACUGCAGAGAAUACUAGAAUGUCCAAUGUGUUUGGAGCUGUUUGACUCCUCCGAAAGAUGGCCCAAACUGAUGCCAUGCCAACACACUUUUUGCCGAGUGUGUCUGGUGCAGUUGGACAAGCAGGGCAUGAUAACCUGUCCACAGUGCCGUCAUCAAUGUAAAAGUCCACCUGGUGGUGCUUACCAAUUGCCAAAUAACUUCACCAUGCUCGCCUUGCUAGAUGUCCACAAGAAGUCUGCUCCCUCCACAAAGUCUAACCUUACAUCUUCUUCAGAACCUGCCCAGGAAAAAGCUGCAGAUGAAAGUGUCCAGAAGGCAAUUGCAGAACUGGCACAAAAACUGCAGCAGAAGGCCGGCGACCUGGCGGGCAUUGACACAAAGCGAAAGAAAGUUGAGGAGAAAUUUCUCGCUGUAAAGGGCCAAGUAGAUGCUGCAUUUGAAUCUCGUGCCCGUGACUUACAGAUCCGUAAAGAGGCUGUCAUCAAGCAGUUGGCUGCGAUGAGGAAGGAGGAGUUGAAUCUGAUGGAUACACAGAAGGCCAGCGCCUAUCAGUACAUCCAAAAGUUCCAGAAGGACUUUGCUGUUAUGCGCGAAUCCAUCCUAACAAGUCAGCAGCCAACCCAAGACCAGUACAACCAACUCCUGACCAUGUGUCACCACUACACCCAACAAAUUGAUCAGUAUGCUCUCUCAAUCGAUGAAAACUUGCACGAGGUUUCAUUCACGGAUCCAAACAGAACCCAACUUGCUGUGAGCAUCAACUCCUAUGGCAUCUUGCAAGCCACCAGCAUAGACAAGAAUCGUAGUAAGCCCAGCAAUGCAAUCAUACUCCAGCUUCAGAGCCCACCAUCUAGCACUGCAACAACUGUCACUGGGAGCACAUCACCAGGAACACCUGACGGUUCUGCAACACCAACCAAUUCAGCCACACCUUCAGUUUUUACAAGGAAUAGUUCUGCACCUGAAAUUUCUUUGGUCAGUCUGAACAGAUCUCUUCCUCAUGUGGCAAGCUCGCCUGAUGUGCAUCAACAGGACGGAAGCCCCUCGGUCUCCAGAUCUUCCUCUAGGUCUGCUUCCCCUCAACUUGCAAGCAGGAAUCGUUCUCAGACUGUUCCUAACAUGAAUCCCAUUGCAGAGGCUCAGAAUCCUAGUGUAAACUCAUCAUCCACUGCAGGCACUCCUGUCGGCAAGGACAGCACUGGUAGUGUUUUUGUUCUCAGUGGAAAUCCAUCAUCAGUUGGAAGCCCUGAAGGCACUGCUAGAGAACGAUCAGAGAGCAGUCCGGCUACAAACAGACAGACAGAAGCAUCACAUACCAGAAAUCCAUUCUCACUAGCAGGGGAGUCAGUAUCAAACGAAGGUAGCCUAAAUACGCCCCCAAACCCUCCAGAAAGUACCACCCCUGCAAGAAGGAUAUCUGCACCUAGUCAGAUUCUGAGCAGCUCUGUGCCUGUGUCUCGAAGACCUGCUGCUGGUGAUGCUGCCCGUCCCUCCCUGACAAAGCAUGCAUCCUUUGACCAAUCAACACCAAAUAGGGCCAAACCAGCAAUACCAGCCAGACCAAAACUGAACAGUUCUACGAGGCAUGGCUCCAUAGAUUUCAGCCAAGGCCAUACAACUGCAUCUGGAGAUUUAAGUAGAUCUCUGACUCCAAUCAGAGAAAAGAACAUGGGACAGAACAGGCCAGUUUCUCUGAGCACUGCCUCGAACAGUUCCCAACAAUCAGGAACUGCUACGUCUCCUGAAGGACCCAUUCCUCCACUGCCACCUCGGAGAAUCAAAACCACCCAACCCAAUCGUCCACGCAGCAUGAGUGCAGAUUCCAGUUCCAGUUUGGGUGGAAAGAGCACUUGGGUAAGGUUUGACACAAUUGGAUCGAGAUCUCGCAGAUUUGGCAAAAAUGGGGCCAAAGAAAUAGCAGUUAUUGGUAGUGGUUGGUUUGGAGGGUCAUUUUUUGAAAGGCCCACAGGAGUAGCUGUCCUUCCUCAUAAUCUCAUGGCUAUUGUGGAUGAGAGGCACCACUGCAUCACCAUGGUAACAGAGGCUGGUCAAUUAGUAAAGAGUCUUGGGAGUCAAGGCAACGGGCAGGGCCAGUUCCAGUUUCCUAAAUCCAUUUGUCUCAACAGGAGACAGCAGAUGAUUGUCUCCGACUGGUGGAAUCACCGCAUCCAAAUCUGGGACAUGAAUGGAAUGUUCAUUUCUCAGUUUGGGACAAGAGGAUUGCAAGCUUCACAGUUAAAUGGUCCCUUGGGUGUGGCUUGUGAUGCAUCAGACAACAUCUUUGUUUGCGACACCAACAACCACUGCGUGAAGGUCUUCUCACCUGAAGGCAAGUACCUACGGCAGAUUGGUAAGGAAGGUCAAGGAGAGGGGAACUUCAUUUGUCCAUCUCAUCUUGUAGUGUCCCCAGGAGGAGAGCUUCUUAUCACAGACUCAGGCAAACACUGUGUUCAGAUGUUCAGCAAUCAUGGAACCUUCCUCUAUCAAUUUGGAGAUUGGGGAACAGGUCCGGGUCAGUUAAACUGUCCAUCAGGCAUCAUGAUCGACCCUACUGGGUACCUCUUUGUCUCCAGCAGCGGAAAUCACCGUAUUGAAGUGUACAAUCCCUCUGGAUCAUUUGCGGUAAGUCUAGGCACGCAUGGGAUGGAGGAAGGUCAGUUUGAUGAGCCAAUUGGUGUUGCAUCUACCAGCGAGGGACAGGUAGUGGUUUGUGACUCAGGAAACAAGAGAGUACAGAUCAUGUGGCCUUGAAUCUUGGUCAAUAUCCUCGUAAAAUACAUUUACCAUGGAGUUCAUUUUUCGGGGAGUCAAGUUCAGAAAACAUUCAUUCAAAAAUGUAAAAUACAUGUAAUGUGGGGCACAGGAAAAAAGUUGUUAGAAAUUCAAACUUGUAGUGCACUGCUUUUUAAGUAUACGCCUUCAUACUGUGCAUGAACUUCUUAUUACUAGAGUUUUGGAUAAUACACAAACUUACAAAACCUUUUCCAGAAACGUACACUAAAUGAAUACUGAUUUAACAUGUUUAAUCCACGCACAACAAUCAAGUACCUGUACAUUGGUAUCAAACUCGGGUUAAAUUAUACCCCCCCCCUUAAAAAUACAGGUAUCUAAAUGUGAUUGUAAUUAGAGGAAUCAUAGAAAGACUUCUACGCAUUUUACACAACAGUUAUUGCUAUCUUGCUGUUUUCUGACUAUUAUCGUUAUAUAAAAGUAAAAUUGAGUACCUGGAUUCAAUUAUAAAUGCGUCAUAUGUACAAAAAAGUGAAGAGUGCACUUCGUACACCGUACAUUUUUACAGUACGUGUAAGUGUGCGUGAACCUGCAUGUUUCUUGUUCUGUGAUUUUUCCUGGUAAAUGUCUAUGUAUGCAUUUUAAUAUUUAAUGGCUUCUUGGUGAACCUUUUAAUCACAGAUGGUACCAGUACAUUCAGCCGGACACAUCUAUUCCCAACCUUGAUAUUUUGUAAACAUUGCAUGGACCGUUAGUCUAGCACAUUUAAAGUUUUUUGGCAUGAAAACAAACUGCAUGAAACAUUUCAGGCAGAUCAUGCAUAGAGCUCACUCAAAGUGGAUUAGGAGACGUUCUAACCUUGUUAAAAGUACUAAACGUACAAGUGCUGAAGUCCUAAUUUGAUUUUUGUAAAUGUCAAAGUUAUUUUAACACUACAACAUAAUGCUGCACCCCCCUGCAGUACUUGACACAAAUUUCUUUUAAUCAAGAGAGUUGUCUGGUAUCAAAUUUACCUUGACAAAAACAGGAUUCUAUUCACAAAUGUUUGACCUUUUCAAGUUGGUGAUAGCUUUGUUUUUAGGGGUUAAGCACAGAUAUAGAGAUGCUUCACCCUUGGGUUGUUGAAUCCAAGCUUCCUUUCAUCGCCCUCUAAUCAAACGUCACAUUUGGAACAAAAUGUGAGUGCACUCUUGUGUGACAAACAAGCGUGAACUUCUGCUUAUUUUAAGGACACUGGGUCAUUGAAAAUAGCACAGCUGCUGGUUAUGAGGUUAACAUGUCCUUGACAGUUUCCUGGGUUCAUAAACAGUUGUUUCAUAAGACCCCACCCACAUCAACCUAACUGCAUAUAUGUGUACUUAUUUUAAUUUGUUUAGAAGAAUUUCAUGUGGUGCUUCUGCCACCGUUUGCCAGUUUCGGAGGACACACUUUAUCUUAAUUUUUUUCUCUUAAUUCCUGUCAUGGCACUGUAAAACCUUAGAACUGUAGACAAACAUGUAUUUAUAAGAUCCAAUCAUUCAGAAAAAAUGUGUAAAUGCUGCCGUUGAUAUUGUUUCUUACUAUCGGUGUUUAUGUUGUAGAAAAUAGGAAAUUAAAGUUAGUGUUGUGGUAUACUUUUUAUGUUGUUUAUAAAGUUUGGGAGUGCAUCCAUAUUUUUCCUGAUGUUUUAAUAGUUGGUAGCAAGAAUGCUGCAAAUAUGAAUGUUGGGUGCGAUCAGAUGGUCUGCACAAUUCCCCGAUCACUUUGCAUGAUUGCUCGAUCACUCUGUAAGACUGUAGGAUUGCUCGAUCUUGUAUGAAAUCUCCAACUGUACUUUCCUUUUUGAAACAAUCCUCCACAAUUGUCAAUUUACAAAGAAAAGACAAUUGACUGAUUGGCAGAAUUAUCAAACAAUCAUGCAGUGAGAUUGACUGAUCAUGCAAAGAUUGAGCGAUUGAGCAAACUGACUGAUCAUGAUGCAAGUGCUUCUGACAAGUAGGCUUUGGUAGAGAGGUGGGCUUUGUGGUUAGAUAAGUUUGUAUAUUGUACAUGUAUAAACAUCAUUCAUACUUAGGGUUGUAGUUUGUAACUCUGCAUAUUUAUUGAUAUCUUUUGUCUCGAAGUUCAGGGGAAUAAAUUCAUGCAAAAUACAUAUUACAUA